AUGAACCAAGAACUCCUCCAUCUCUUAAAUGAAACCCAAGAAUUACUAAAUACACCAACUACGUCAGACAAAGACGAAAUUCAAAGUAAGAUCGCAGCAUUAUAUCUUUAUAUAAGCGAAGAGAAGAGUGAUAAACUUGAUGAAAUAAUUGAAAAGUACAAUGAAUUGGUAGAUAAGGCCAAACAAUUUGGCAUCAAGCGAAUCAAAAAACAUCGCCCAAAAGAGGUCAUUCAAGAGAAAGAAGAACUGAAGGAACGCAAGACAAAGCAAAGCAAAGAAGAGGCCGAGAAAUUGGCCAUGAAGAUUCUGGAGAAGAGCAAAACCCUUAAAGAGAAGUCUGAAUCCUUUGGCAAUAUGGUUGAGAUAAGCAAAGAUGUCUUAGAAAAGGUGUCGCAUAGUGUGCGCAAGAAUGUUACGCAGGUUCAAAAGGGCGUUAAUGCUCUUGAAACAAAGCCGUGGUGGUCCUUUGGCACUUUAGAUAUUAUAACUACUAUUGGGUUUGUUAUUGCUAUCUUUAUUAUUAUGUACGUCUUCAUUCGGGCGUCCUAG